CUGUUAUUUCUAACAAGAAAAUAAUAAUAAUAAUAAUAAUAAUCCUAUCUUUGUCUGCUUAUCAUAGUCAAAGCAUUAAAUACCAUCCACUUGCAAGUAACUCCAUUGCCACAAAUCUUGUACUCAUCAAACUCUCAUCAACUUAACUUUCGUGUCUAAUUAAACACCACCUAACUCACAAUUCACAAACCAAAACCAAAAACCACUUUCACUUUAUUCAUUCUAUCACCGUAUACACAUUUAAAUGGAGAGAUCAGGGUACGGUCGUGAUGAAAUCUACAGGUCUCUAAGACCUUCCCUCGUACUUCCCGAAGACCCCAACAUCUCCCUCGUAUCAUUCCUCUUCGAAAGUGUAUCCUCUUUUCCCAACAAACACGCCCUUAUCGACGCCGAUUCCUCCGAAACACUCUCUUUCGCGCAACUCAAAUCCCAAGUCGCCAAGCUCGCCCGUUGUUUCCUCCACCUUGGCAUAAACAAAAACGACGUCGUCCUCUUGCUCGCACCCAACACCAUUCACUUCCCCAUAUGCUUCCUCGCCGCAACAGCCAUCGGCGCCGUCGUCUCCACCGCCAACCCUGUUUACACCGUCUUCGAGCUCUCCAAACAAGUCAACGACUCCAACCCCAAGCUCGUCAUCACUGUCCCUGAAUUAUGCGACAAAGUGAAGGGUCUCAACCUUAAAACGAUGAUUCUCGGUUCCGAGAGUUUCAACGCGUUGUUGGAGGUGUCAGGGUCGGAAACAGAGUUGCCGGAAAACGACGUGAAGCAGGGUGAUACGGCAGCGCUUUUGUACUCGUCGGGGACCACGGGGUUGAGCAAGGGCGUGGUGCUCACGCACGGGAACUUCAUCGCGGCGUCGCUCAUGGUUGGCAUGGACGACGAUUUGGCCGGAGAAUUCGACCACGUGUUCCUUUGCGUUUUGCCGAUGUUUCAUGUCUUUGCGCUCGCGAUUAUCUUGUACGCGCAGCUCCGGCGAGGGUGUACGGUGGUGUCGUUGAGGAGGUUCGAGUUGGAGGCAUUUCUGAAGGCGAUUGAGAAGCAUAAGGUGACGAGCCUGUGGGUUGUGCCUCCCAUAGUGCUUGCUCUGGCGAAACAGAGUGUGGUUAGUAACUAUGAUCUUUCAUCGUUGAAGCGUAUUAGUUCUGGUGCUGCUCCUCUUCGCAAAGAAUUGAUGGAAGAGUGUGCAAGACGUUUCCCUCAUGCUAUAGUUUAUCAGGGCUAUGGUAUGACAGAAACUUGUGGCAUUGUUUCUGUGGAGAAUCCAAGAAUAGGGAUUCGUCAUAGUGGCUCAGCAGGAAUUCUGGCUUCAGGGGUCGAAGCUCAAAUAGUGUGUGUGGAUACACAUAAGCCCCUCCCUCCUAGACAGUUAGGGGAGAUAUGGGUACGGGGUCCUAACAUGAUGCAAGGUUAUUAUAACAAUCCACAGGCCACAAGAUUGACUAUAGAUGAAAAGGGGUGGGUACACACAGGAGAUCUUGGAUAUUUUGAUGAGGAUGGGCAACUUUAUGUUGUUGAUCGUAUCAAAGAACUGAUCAAGUAUAAAGGUUUUCAGGUUGCACCAGCAGAACUUGAAGGGCUUCUAGUUUCUCACCCUGAAAUAGUAGAGGCUGUUGUCAUCCCAUAUCCGGAUGAUGAGGCUGGUGAGGUUCCAAUUGCCUAUGUUGUUCGUUCACUUAACAGUUCGCUGACCGAAGAAGAAGUUCAGAAGUUUAUUGCUAAUCAGGUUGCACCUUUCAAAAGAUUGCGAAGGGUGACAUUCAUCACAACUGUUCCUAAGACAGCUUCAGGACAACUUCUCAGAAGAGAGUUUAUUACAAAAGCACGAUCCAAAAUAUAAGAUAUUACAAUUUUUUUGGGUCAAUUUAUGUUAUAAAAUGCAUCCUGUAGGAUUUAGCAGAUAUAGACAAUCAAGUUCAAAUUUAAAACAAGAUAACAAUCCCUCCAGAUUAUAGUAGCAAUGCUUGGUGCCUAAGCCCAAGUAAAUUUCAACAAUUUCCUCUAGUAAAAAAAGAAUCAACUAUUUCCUGGUGUUUGUGGAAUUGAUGCAGACUCCAAUUCAAAGAAUCUCAUAGUAUUAGAGGGGAUUACUUAGGUGCUCCUUUUUUUUCAAGGGUAUAGGACCUU